AUGGCCAACUCCUCCUUCCGUCUAACGAUUGAGGACGGUCAGUUUCGAGACGCUCAUGGCCGCCAAGUCGUUCUGCGCGGCAUCAACUGCGCCGCCGAUGCUAAAUUUCCCAGCACCCCCGAUCAGACAUCAUAUGUCGGCGACGACUUCUUCGAGGGCGACAACGUCAAGUUCCAUGCUCGACCGUUCCCCCUUUCCGAGGCACACGAGCACUUUUCGCGCCUAAGACGUUACGGGUAUAAUUCACUACGGUAUAUAUUCACGUGGGAGGCGAUCGAGGCGGCGGGACCGGGGAAAUACGAUGAGGAGUGGAUUCAACACACGAUUGAGGUGCUGAGAGUAGCUGGCUCUUAUGGCUUUUACAUUUUCCUAGAUCCUCAUCAGGAUGUUUGGUCUCGAUUCUGCGGAGGGUCCGGCGCCCCGAUGUGGACGAUAUACGCAUGCGGGCUGAACCCUCAGAGUUUCGCCGCGACCGAAGCCGCUAUCGUUCAUAACAUAUACCCCGAGCCCGACGAAUUCCCCAAGAUGAUUUGGUCGACGAACUAUUUCCGCCUCGCGGCCGUUACGAUAUUCACCCUAUUUUUCGGCGGCAAGGAUUUUGCGCCCAAGUGCAUAAUUAACGGCAUGAAUAUCCAGGACUAUCUUCAGUCCCACUUCAUCAAUGCUUGCGCGCAUUUGGCGCGACGGAUCCAUGAGGCUGGCGAUCUUGAGGAUGUUGUAGUAGUAGGAUGGGAGAGUAUGAAUGAGCCCAACCGAGGCCUCGUGGGAUACGCCGACUUGAAUGUGAUCCCCAAAGAGCAGAAACUGAAGAAGGGUACCUGUCCUACGAUUUGGCAAUGUCUUCUCACCGGAUCAGGAAGGGCGUGCGAAGUUGAGACGUGGGAUAUGGGUGGCCUUGGUCCAUACAAGGUCGGCACGACCUUGAUCGAUCCCCACGGUGAGAAGGCCUGGCUGCCAGCUGAUUAUGACGACUCGAGGUAUGGAUAUAAGAGGGACGAGGGGUGGAAAUUGGGAGAGUGCAUUUGGGCGCAGCACGGGGUCUGGGAUCCCGAAACAGACACCCUUCUGCAAAAGGACUACUUUGCGAAGAACCCGCGAACGGGCGACGUAAUUGAUUAUCCCAACUUUACCAACACUUACUUUAUGGACCUUUACCGCAAAUGGAGAGACGCCAUCCGUACCCAUCAUAAGGGCUCGUUACUCCUUAUGCAAUAUCCGACUCUUGAGCUCCCACCAGAGAUAGCCGGUACCGAGGAUGAUGAUCCAAAGAUGGCAUAUGCUCCCCACUUCUACGACGGCAUCACCCUCAUGACUAAAAAAUGGAACCGGACAUGGAAUGUGGAUGUCGUUGGAGUGCUACGUGGAAGGUAUCUCCAUCCCGUCUUCGCAAUCAAGGUCGGCGAAGCUGCUAUCCGGAAUUCCUUCAAGGACCAACUUGCCUCGCUGAGACAGGAGGGCAAGGACAGAGUUGGGAACCACCCUUGCGUACUCACGGAAUUUGGCAUUCCCUACGACAUGGAUGAAAAGAAAGCAUACGAAACAGGGGAUUAUUCGAGCCAGUCUGCAGCACUGGAUGCGAAUUAUUACGGAGUCGAAGGCGCGCUCAUGGAGGGUACCUUCCUCUGGGUGUACGUAGCCGGUAACACCCACAAGAGGGGAGAUCAGUGGAACGGCGAGGAUCUCUCUAUCCACUCUCUUGACGAUAAGCCAGCGCCGAUCUCCGCGGUUCCCAAGUCGAUCAACGGCGCUAGCUCCUCUACCCUUGUGAAAGACCGGGCUUCUCUGGACGUCGCCGACGAGAUGACCGUCACGCCCGAUAACCUCAGGCAGGUCCUCUCGACACCGUCGAUCUCGUCCGAGCCGGGCAAAGCGCCGGAGACGGCAGACACGCCUGGCUACCGAGCCGCGGAAGCGUUCAUCCGCCCAUCGCCGGUUUACGUCAGCGGUAUCGCGAAAGAGUACGGUUUCGAUCUCCGCUCCUGUACUUUCAGCCUCAAGGUCGAGGCGGAGGCUUCGACGAGCCACGACGCGCCCACGGUCAUAUUCUUGCCCGAGUUCCACUAUCCGGCCGAGUCGUGCACGGUGGAGGUGUCGUCCGGAAAGUGGGAGAUAAACUCGGAGGAUCCGCAUUGCCCGUACUUGCAGAGGCUGCUUUGGUGGCAUGCUGAGGGAACGCAGUCUCUUAAAGUUCAGGGCCUCGUGAGGAAGCAUAACGUGGUUGAAGGCACCGCUGAGGAGGAGGGAUAUUUGGAGCAGUGCUAUCAAACGUACGGGUUCGGGCCGAAUGGUAACUGCUCGGUGAUGUGA